AUGGUUUGUGACCGCAAGUUCAAGAGAAAUGAUGAUGAUACCUCUGUUCCUCUUGGAAGAGAAUUAAUUCAGGCUUACGUUAAGGCAAUAACAGACAUUUAUUACCAGCAAAUAGCUUUGGACUUGAAUAAGAACCCCCAUCCUAGAGGACCAAUUGCAAGACAGUUUCUAGACACAAACACAAAGAAGAAAACAAAGUGCAAGAGAGUCGAGUAUGAAGACAGAGGAAAAAACACACUCAAUGAUAGAUAUACAAAAAACGAACUUCUUCUUCUUAGUCAGUACUUCUUCGAGCAAGAUAGUACAGUAGGAGUUAGAAAUCAUCUUUGUUUCCUUAUGAGUCAUGCAAUGUUGUUGAGAAGUGAAACUGUUCUUGGUACUCAAUAUCCCAACCUUUUCAAAAUGGAACUAGAAGAUCAAGAUGUUUCUCCAUGUGUUGCAUUAGUAGCUACAAUUAUAUAUGGAAAAAUCAACAAAGAUAGAAAAAUCUAA